AUGAAAGUUUUCAAUAUUUUAUCUGCUUACUCGGCCGUGGAUGCAGCAAGACAGAAUCAAGAUAGGCUCAUUGGUGGGCGAUCUCCUCUAAGCGACCUUGAAGACAAUUCUCAGGGAAUUUUCGCUCUUCUGGAUGCGCUUUAUGGUGAAGAUCAUGUAAUUGCGAAUCACUGGAAGGCAAAACUUCGACGAAAUCAAAUUCGCUACGCAAGACACUUCGAAAACUGCGGCUCACUAAAUACCUCUCGUAAGCGCCGUUCUGCCACUGAACUUGACCUUACCGAUCCCGCCAUAGUCCAGCGCGAUGGAGAUGAUCAUAAAGUCAUAAAAAACUUCAUGAACCGAUUCAAACGAUGGGCUGGUGAUUACUUAUCUGAGUGCCCAAGAGGGAUCGCUAAGCGGGAAAAAGCACGAGCUGCCUUUUGGAUGGGGAAGUUGCAGCAGCGAAUUACCAGAUACAGAAACCGUCAUGGAUGA